CAAGCUGGCGGAUGGCUCUGUGCUGCCUGUUCCACGCGAGCAGAGCAGCGCUGAGAAAGGGGCUGCUGCCAGGCGCGGGCCGCAGGGGCUGCCCCGCUUACAGGAGCAGGUGCCACAGCCGCCUUUUGGGGGGAGCCUGUGGGGUGACCCAGAUAACUUCUCCCACCUUUGGAUUCCUCUUCGAUAUUGAUGGAGUGCUUUUACGAGGCCGGCUAGUUAUUCCUGCUGCUAAGAAGGCCUUCCAGAAGCUAACGGAUUCAAAGGGCCAGUUCAUUGUGCCAGUUGCAUUUGUAACCAAUGCUGGGAACUGCUCUCGGGACAACAAGGCUGAGGAAUUGUCUGCAGCGCUCGGAUUUAAGGUGUCUCCUGAAUGGGUGAUCCUCUCCCACAGCCCUCUGCGUCUUUUCCAUCAGUUCCAUGACAAGUGUGUGCUUGUGUGUGGACAAGGUCCCGUCGAGAAGAAUGCCAGAGACCUGGGAUUCCAGCAUGUUGUUACCAUUGAAGACCUGAGGAAGGCAUUUCCUUUGCUGGAUAUGGUUGAUCAAAGCCGGAGGCCAAAACAACUGCCUCCUCCUACCAUUGACUUCCCCACUAUAGAAGGAGUAAUUCUUUUGGGAGAGCCAGUCCGGUGGGAAACCUCCCUGCAGCUGAUUAUUGAUGUACUCCUGAGCCAUGGGAAUCUAGGGGUUGAGCUUGCUACUGUGCCAUACCCACAUCUACCUAUCCUGGCCUGUAAUAUGGACCUCUUGUGGAUGGCAGAAGCCAAGAUGCCAAGAUUUGGCCAUGGUACCUUUCUUGUGUGCUUAGAGAACAUCUAUAAGAAAAUGACUGGAAAGGAGCUGAAGUAUGAGGCCCUGCUAGGCAAGCCCAGCACCGUCACCUACCGUUAUGCUGAACAUGUGAUCAAACAGCAGAUGCAAAGCUGUGGCUGGACAGCCCCUCUUCACCAACUCUAUGCUGUUGGGGACAACCCAAUGGCCGACAUCUAUGGUGCAAACCUCUACAACCGUUACCUCCAGGCUCAGGCUGAAGUAAACGUAACUGCUAUGGUAGCAGAGAGCGACAAACAUCUUGAGGCACAGAGAGAGCACAGUGUCUCAAUUAGCUCUGCAGAGAGCUGCCAGUCUAUACUAGUCUGCACUGGGGUCUAUAAUCCCCACGGAGACAUGCCAGCUGACUGCAAUGAAAGCCUGCUAGAGACUGUAUUCCAUGGGCAUAGGGACUUCCAUUUUGAUCCAAGCUUAGUGGAGGCCUCUCAUGUUGUGCAUGAUGUGAAUGAUGCUGUGGAACUUGUCCUUGAGAAGGAGAACUGGAAACGGGACUGACCAGUCUGUUUUCACCAGCACCUAAUCUUGGAGACGCAGGAAUAGAGGCAGAUCUGUGCUCUUUCUUGUUUAACCCAUGCUAAAGUAAAGGGAAGUUCUCUACUUGUUUUUUUUUGUAAGGAUUGCACACACAAAAACACACCCUGUAAUGUUUUGUUAACAGGGUGCCUGGUAGGGCUCUAUCCCUACCUAGAUUUAAAAACCCAGGAAGUUAUCAGCUGGAAAUUCCAUUCUUUUGCUAGUGUGCUUGGCCAGAGAGAGACAGGGACUUCCUAUUAAAAGGGUCUGCAUCCAGUCAACUAUCACAGCAUCACGAGGGCUACUUUUGGGCUCUCGCCUCUCUUCCGGAUGUACAUGAAGUGUGCAAAUGCUAAAUCAGUCCCAUAAUGUGAUUUAUGGCACAUAUUGUACCUGGAGGAACAGAACCUCUUCUUAGAGCAGGAUUGGAAUAUUGAGUUCUAGUUGUAGGCUAUGGCCCAUGAUCUGAACCAAGAUAAACUCGUGUCCAGAGGUUUAAGGUGUUGUAGUUGGGGGCAGGGGAAAAUCAGAGACUAACUGUCUGGUCAUCUCCUGGGGUGGGAUAGGGAUCCUUCUUAAUUUUUAACACUUGCCCCUUUUAAAGAAAUUUGGGUCGCAGAGAAAUAAAAAAUGUUUAACCAAAUCCUAAAACAAAUGGCUUUAAUUGCCAUGAAGUAUUUCAAACAAGCCUAUAAUUUGGGAGUAGUUACUGUUCUGCUUUGUCUUCUCCAAAUGGCAAUAUUCUCUCCAAAUAAAUAUUCUCCUGCAGUAUUUCUAUGUGGUGUUCUAGCACCCUUUUGGGCUCAGGGCUGGGUACAUAUCUUGACUAUUGUAUCUAGGCCUGCUUAUUUGUGGAAACAGUGUUCCCCUAGAAAUCAUUAGCUUAGAUCAGCCUUCCCAAACGUGACCUCCAGAUAUGUUGGACUACAAUUCCCAGCAUCCCCCAGCUAGCUGGCCUAGAUCUAGAGAGAUGUGUGCAGCAGUGCCUUUGCAUACAAUUUGGCUUGUGCAGAGGUAUGCUUCUCUGUGUACUGGGCAGCCAAGUCUAAAAGCUGAACUGUGUUUAUCUCUAGUUCUCUUUAAUGCAAAAUGUUCCAGGUCACUUUUAUGUAAAGCCUUUUCUGAAAACUUCCAUCAGAACCCACAGGGUUACAAUGCCAAGGCAGCAGAAAAAAAUGUUUAAUUUUCAUACCACUGUAAUUGGUGACAUACUGAAAUGUUAUUCACUGAAAUGUUAUUCACAGAUGACAAGAUAUUCCUGUCCCUUUUUAUUCUAUAUACAAGGACAGGCUUUAAGUUAUCAAUUUCUAUAGGGAAGGUUACUACUCCGUAACAUGAGCAAUAUCCAUAUUUUCUUACACUCAUGGAAUAAAUUAAAUAUCACUUCUUGUAAUGAAGAAUUUGUGUUGUAGGGAUAGGUUUGGGUUUCGCUCCCUUCUUCCUCAUACCCUCUUGAAGAUUUCCUAGCUUUACUAGAAGGAUGAGUACAUUUUAGGAAGACUAAUCCCAAAUCUUUUCUUGGCAAAUGUAGGGAAAUCUAUAAAUUUGGUUCCUUCCCAUCCUUGUAUUGCUUGUGCUUCCUUCUCAUGACUUACCUAUUUUUUAUUUCAUUGAAAUGGUUUUUAACUGAAUUUAUGUAACAAGAGAAAAAUAAAACAUGCAUUGUGGCAAGUACAAAAAUAACAUCUAAAUAAAAGAUUAUAGCAAGCAAACAUGAACAAAUCCAGAAGAAAGACACAAUGUGACACAUAACAUCCUGUGCCCAGGAACUACUGGCUUUUAGUAAUAGUUUAAUAUGUGGCAAGCUUCAGAAAAAGAGCACUGCAAAAGAAAGAAAUACAUGUUUGCCAAAAAACUGCGUACUUCUACUUCAUUUUAUCCUGCCUUUUCUCCAAGCAAGAGUACCCCUCUCACAUUUGAUCGUCACAGCAAUCCUCUGAGUAGGAUUAGGUGGAGAUGGUGGCUGGUUCAAGGUCAGCCACUGAACUUUAUGGAUGGACAUGGAUUUGAACCUGAGGCCAUACCUAGACCAGGUGAUAUCCCAUGGCGAUCCCUGGGAUUGUCCCUGUGCGUCCACAUGAUGUACAGGGGAUCUUGGGAGCAGGGAAGGAAGAUCCCCCCCUUUCCCCAGGAUAUUGCCCUACCCUUUCAACCAGCUUUUUCUGCGGUCUCAGGAUGAUCCCGACAACGCAGAACGUGGGCGGGUGUCG